UACUUUAAUUCAACUUUUGUUUACAAAUAACGAAAAACACACACGUAAAUGUGUACAUAUAGGUGCGUGUGUGCAUUACCCUCCUCUAUAAGAGUGAUCAAUUCUAUUGAAGUUCAGCUACACAAUAUUCUCGACCAAUUCUCUCUUUUUACUUCUAUAUCUCUCUCUGAUGAAGGGAACACUAAGAUACUUAGCAGGAAUUGCAGGGCCAAAUGGGUUUGGCUCACGAUCUACAGCUGAACAAGUUACACAACACUGCUUUCUCCCUUACUCCCAUCUCACGGCCAUUAUCACUGGAGGAACAUCUGGGAUCGGUGCGGAAACCACCAGAGUGUUAGCAAAAAGAGGGGUGAGAGUAGUGAUGGCAGUAAGAGAUAUGAAGAAAGCAGAAAUUGUGAAGGAGAGAAUAGUGAGAGAGAGCCCAGAAGCUGAUAUCGUAUUAUUGGAGAUUGAUCUCAGCUCUCUCUCUUCAGUGGCCAGAUUCUGCUCUCAGUUUCUUUCACAGGAUCUUCCCCUCAACAUUAUCAUAAACAAUGCUGGGAUUUUCUCUCCAAAUCUUGAAUUCUCAGAGGAAAAGAUUGAACUGACAUUUGCUACAAACUUUUUAGGACAUUACUUAUUAACAGAGAUGCUGAUAAAGAAAAUGAUAGAUACGGCUAAGAAGAGUGGAAUCGAAGGACGAGUCAUUAACCUUACUUCCGUGAUUCAUAGUUGGGUCAAGCCUGAUUGUUUCUCCUUCCCUGAAUUACUACAUCCCAUUAAGUAUAAUGGUACAAAGGCAUAUGCUCAGUCAAAGCUGGCAACAAUUUUACAUGCCAAAGCGCUGAGCAGGCGAUUAAAGGACAGAAAUGCAAACGUAACGAUAAAUGCAGUCCAUCCAGGGAUUGUUAAAACAGGAAUUAUCAGAGCGCACAAGGGUCUUUUGACAGAUUCUCUGUUUUUGAUAGCUUCGAAGCUCCUAAAGUCUGUAAGCCAGGGCGCAGCGACGACAUGUUAUGUGGCUUUGAGUAACGAAACCAAAAGGAUUAGUGGAAAGUAUUUUGCAGACUCGAAUGAGACAAAUUGCUCAGAUUUGGCGAAUGAUGUAUCUUUAGCUCUCAAGCUCUGCACCAACAGUCAUACCCUAAUCCAUGAUUAUUUGCAUCUAUCUCUUCCUAAUCUGAGUCUUCUGUAACUCUUCUUGAUAUAUAUCCCUUUUCUACUAAAAGAAAAUCCACCAAUUUAUUGAUGUAAAGUAAUUGUAUCAAGACUUAUCUCAUCAUCAUGUGUGUUUCCUCAUAGACCUCAGUAUUUUCCUAAAGGAUCUUUACCGAGGUCUAAUGAUUUCAUACUAAACACUCAUUGUCAUUUCUUCUUAUGUCAAAGUUUGGGUAAAAGAAUUCUUACUUUUCUGUUAUCAA